UCCAGUUCAGGCAUCUAGGUGAGCUCUAGCUAGCGUUUAGUAAACUAGUUCAAUUAACAAAUAUCCGUAUUGAAAUUAAAUAAGGGUGUGAUGCCACAAAGUUCGAAUAAACCACCCGAGGACAGCCAGGCGUGGGAGUUGUUAGAACGAUGUCUCUUGCCAUUCGUGUUUUCACACGCAGUUGCAGUUAUCCUCGCCACAGUUCUCAACACUUUCGGCAUUUCGCAGAUAUCUAGUUUUGUACUGUUUCUUCUAUUUCUCAGCGUAUCUCUCGGCUCUACUUUAUUCUAUCACAAUCUAAAGGUAACUGCCGCUGGAAAGGCGAUACUGAUAACAGGAUGUGACUCCAGGGUAGGAAAUGCUUUGGCCAAGCAGCUGGACGACUUGGGGUUCACAGUUUUUGCGACAUUUUCAAACAAGAACGAGAACGAUGAGCUAGCGUGCAAACUAAAAGAUCAAUGCUCAGGAAGACUGCGCGUUCUGCAAUUGGAUGUAACAAGCGAGCGUGAUAUUCAUUCAACUUUCCUCUACGUCAAUGAGCACUUGCCUGACGGAGCUCCGGGUUUGUGGGGUUUGGUACAUGCUGACGCCUGGGUAGCGCUAGGGGAAUGUGAGUGGAUUCCAUCUUCGGUGCUGAAGCGUAGCGUGGAUGUGAAUUUUAUUGGAGUAUCGAGACUGACGCAGGUAUUCCUUCCGCUCGUGAGACGCUCUAAGGGACGCAUUGUACUUGUAGGAAGCCUCUUUGCAAGAAUCCCAAGCCCAGUGAGAGGGAUACAUUGUGCAGUAAAGGCAGCAGUAGAGGCAUGGGGAAACUGCUUACGUUUGGAAAUGCGGAGAUGGGGUGUGGAUGUGGUUAUAGUUGAAACCGGGGAAUACGUGUCGGGCAGCGCCUGGCUGAAAGACAAUGCCUCUCUGCUGGAGCAGGCAAAAGAUAUGUGGACGCAACUCGACCCCCAAACACGACGUGAAUAUGGUCAAGAUUUAUUCCAAAAGGAGAUGAUUGCCUUGGAGAGAUACACGCUCGGUCCAGAGGCAGACCUGACUCAAACUACCAGAGCUCUGACCGACGCUACAGUGAGGACAUUUCCAUUGAGGCGAUAUAUGCCGGUGUCUCGUGGAGAAAGAAUAAGAGCGUUGCUAAGUGAUCACCUGCCAAAGCCUAUAUACGACAUAUUGUACACGGAUUGAAUGAUUCCUAAAUCAAUUGCAGAUCUGUUCCUCUAGUUUGUUGCUCAUUUCACCCAUUUAAUCGAAGAGAAAAAGAAAUUCAUGAUAUUCUUGCAGUCAAUGAGAUCCGUUGAAUUGAUUACUUGAUACAUUGUUUUCAUAGUUGAUCGUCUGGACACAUUUCAAGGCUUUAUAAAUAAAUGGGCGUACCAUCAA